CAAUACUGACGGCAGGCAGCUUUGUGCGGCCAGUCAGAAAACAUCAGGAUUCAACAGAUAUAGGCCCUCUGGAGCGAAAAGGGACUUAGAAAUGAUUAACACGCUUACUUUUGUCGUCGUUUUAACGGUUUUGCUUUCACAUAAUGCCGGUAAGUAAUAAUUAGAUUCUGAGUUUUAUGAGUAAAAAGGUUAGUCUUAUAAAGCGUGUUAGUGUUCACUAACCUCUUGUUUUCUAAAAAACCUCGGGCAACAAGAAACAUUUGUGUGUUUGCUUUACAUAAAAUUCUGUUUAGAGUAAAUACACGUUCAUUUCCAUAAAUAUUAAGUGAUAAAGCUACUCUGUGUACCAUAUCUCGAAAACAGAACAUUUUAAGGGUCUGAUAAUGCCCAUUUGGUCUUCUAUAACAACGUCAUGAAACUCUAAAAAAGUUAACUGCCUCAGUAUUUAUUUUGCUGUAAAAGCACAAAGUGCAUAUAUAGAGAUGUAAUUAAUGGUUCGUUUCGUGUUGAUCGAUCGCAAUCCCUGCGCAAAAAAGGGUUUACUUUAACAAGCUUAAUAAUGCCUUUCCAAGAGGGUGGUUAAUGAAAUUUAACCUUGAAAGAUUGCCAAAUAUCCUAACCUUUAGGGUAAGAAUAUAUUAAGAGUAUAUUAAGAGUAUAUUAAGAAAAUUUGUUUCAUUUCACUUGUGAAUCAAAAUGUUAUCGUAAAGGAACUACGUGCCAAACUACAGCAGACCAUAUCUUUUUAAAUCACUGAGAUCUACUGUGAAAUUCGUCUGAGAUGCUCGUCCUUUCAGAUUUAUGUGUCCUAAACACAACUACCCGGUUAUGAAAGAAUCAAAAACCGAAAUGUUAGAAUUUAAGUCUGACCGGAAGAGUCCACCUGGUAGACCCUCUUGGCAGGCCGCAUUCAAAAGCUCAAACAAGUCUGCAUGCAACCUUCAUAUAUCAACAUUUGUAUGACCAUCACUUCUGUACUGUACUACUGUAGUACUAUGCUGUACUGUACACAGGUUCUGUUUUGUGUCAUCCUUAUGCAUCUUUUUUUUCUUUUAGCAUCUGUAAAGAGAUAAAAAAUUUAGUUUGAAAAGAAUAUGCCAGCAGGAAGUUGAAUUUUUUACUAAAGUAAUAUUUGCAUGUCCCUUUUUUUCUGUCUCGGAAAAGUCCAUUACUUAAGUCACCGCAUCCGUAAUCUGGUUAUCAACACAAAAACAGGAGUUUUGAGUGAAACCCUGAUCACUGUAUAGAUUUCCUGGAUCAAGUAUUAAAACAGUCGUUUAUUCGAACUAGGGCGCGCAGUUCUCUUCUCGAUUUUAUAAGUUGUAAUAAAUUCACAGCUAAUACGUUUAAAAAUGCUUUCGCAAAGUUAUUUAAAAUUGUUAAGAGGCCAAACCUGCCCAGUUCGUGAUGACAGUAACAAGCGAUAAGAUUUGUAUUAAGCAAAAUGAUAAAGGAUAACUGAUUCCAUGGGUACGCACAAACGUGCAGAGGAUGGAAUAGAAGUAUGAUUCCCACCGAAUAAUUACUCUUUGAUUUAAAAUAAGUAAAUUACUGUUUGCCCCAUUGCACUGCAUUUUCCUCCUUGGGUAUCUCUGAUGUUAAAUAUUUUCCAACUUUUGGUGAGGAAAUAAAGGAACGUGAUAUAUGAUACGACAUUGUAUAUUUAUUUAUUGACUUGGCCUUUGCUUUGUUUUGAAUUAGUUCUGCCAAUGAACGCAAUGAAUUGCUCUUUGUAACUCCAACGGUUAGGUCUUUACAGUUUGGCAACAUACAGUUGCUUCUUCACUUCCGAAAUUUUGCGAACAUUUCAGCCAAGAGAGGAGGGGAAAAAUGAAAAGGCUCGUAUAAAACACAGAUGUUUCAGAUAAAAUGUUUCGGGUUUAAAAGGCACGUUGACUCGUCCCAAUUUCACCCCGUUCCGGUCCAAGACAGGUCCAUGGGCAGCCAUUGUGCUCUUUCGUAACGGAGCAGAUCAGAAAAGUUGGUUCCGCAUCCGCUUUUUUUUUGUUUCCUUGUCAAUGCGUUUGGACGGUUUUUAUUUCCAACUCUCUGCCUUUCUAUGCAGUCCGGUCUCUUGUUCCUCCUGCGAGAAGAAACGGUUCAGGGAGUUCCGGCUCAUUUUGAAAUAACAUUUUGUGUCUCAAAAUAACAUAAACAGGGCACCUUACUUAAACAUUCUGGGUCAGAAAUGUCUCAACAAAAUCAUUCUUAGCUUAAUCAUCAGUUAAUGUAUCCGCUUAGUUUUCAUCGCUCGUCCCGCGGCCAAGGAAGGAGCUGCCAGUUUUACUUUUGUUGGAUCUAAAAUCUGAGAAGCAUUCCCUCUGAAUCGAACGAACGUAAAAUUGUAGACAUCCAAAACUGGUAGAAGGUAAUAGGAAGAUAAAUACUGUUUUGGUUGCCAAAUUCAUCCCAGUACUUUCUAAGUGUACUUUAUCGUAAUAAAUGUCUUAAAGUAUCUACUUGUAGUGGAGAAAAAUUGGGAACCAAACUUAACGUGCUUUAUUUUAAACGUGCUUCAAUUUUUGGGCGAUUGAAUCAACGUGGUCAAAAUUCACAUUCUCGUAACCUGAGAUCAGUCGGUAUUUAUUUAUAUAUUUUUUCCUUCUUUGCUUCUUCGGCUCGAGAGGGAAAAAAAAUAACCGAAAACAGAUUGCAGAGAUAAAGGGAGAGGGCAUAAUCGCAGGCUAACAUUCUCGUCGAUCACUAGUUUUGAAAAGAUGGUUCCUUGUUAUCGAAAUCGUUACUAUGUCUAAAUUUAUGUAUUAUUUUAAGCUAACAUGCAAUCGAAAUCGUUUUGCUUAUUACAGCGGCCAACAACGCUUUUCCGACUCAUCCCACAACGAAGGAACCUUCAUCCGAGAGACCAGAAACCCAGCAACCAGUUACUACUCGAUCAAUACGGCAUGCCUCUUCAACCAAGGGAAUAACGCACAUGUCUCCUGAACGCGUGGAACUGUCAUUGUUUCGUGAUUUGUUUGAUGGUUAUGAUAAACGCAUUAGACCAGUGUUAAGAAUGGAAGACAAUGUGACAGUAGAACUUGGAAUUUCCCUGUUCCAGCUUAUUGAUCUUGUAAGUAUGAGAAACAAACAAAACUAUCACAGUUUUAAACAAAACUAUGUAAGAGUAACUACAGGCUCGGUAAACGGGUGUCGUCCAAACGUUUUGGCCUUUUCUUUACGUUAUGCGAUAGAAAUCUUGUGUCCAAACCACCAAAAAAUCUUACACCAAUUAUUGUUUAGUUACUUUAAAACUUCAAACUUCAACUUCAUUAACGCGUUAUAUAAUUUGUUUUCAGUAGUGUAAGCUUGCUCCUUUACUCCAAGAAUCUCAUUACCUUGCGCAGACGUAGAUGAUGUCAUAGCCUUUUGUCUUUAUCUCAGUCAUGAACGAAAUGUGGUGGAUUCUCAUUAUAUCUUCUUUCUUGUAUUUCUAAUACAACAGCAACAAUAGACUCACGCUGUUUCGCUUCCAGACCAUGCACUAACUGGCAAUGUUCACACUACCUCGGAUAGCUUUUGUUGUGGGCACGAAUACCACAUCACACAUAGGAACGGUGAUUUCUGCGCGAUUGCUGUAACGGAGCGAAACUGCGCCGCGCCGAUCUCUAAAGUGGAGAGUCAUGGAGUCAUAUAUCGAAUAGGUGUUCAUAAUAUACCGGAUGGCUUUUGUUGUGGGCACGAAAAGCCAUCUGUUAUGGUGUGAACACAGCCUUAAUCGUGAACGUCGGCUUGUAAUGAACGUUUGAUUGAACAGUGAAGAAAACACUUUUACGGAUGUAUUUGACAUUACCAGUGACAUCGGCGACUUCAGACCGCUCAUUUUCUGCCCUCGAGCGACUAAAGAACUACCCAGGAAUUAUCAUGAAGCAGGUCCGCCUAUACAACUGCCAACUGAUGCAUUAUCACAAAUAGAUUAUGGACACACUAGACACUAUGAAGAUUGCAAAGAAGUUUGCUUGUGCCAACGAACAACUUUUAAAAAGAGCAUUUUGGAAAAUUUGAGUAGGAGUAUGCGUAUGGCUGAGUGGAAGAUGAGCCCCCCACGUUUUAAAACGUACCGCCUCCUCUGAUUGUUUCAGUUUUUACUAUUUUGCUCAAGUAUAAAAGACGUGUAUUCAUUGCAAAUAGGUUCAGCUAUAUUUUCUUAUAAACACUGGUAUCCUUGAAUCUCUAUAAGCCGGACACCUCUCUAAGACAGACAGUCGGGCCGGUACUGAAGGUGUCCGUCUUAGGGCCUGUCUACAUGGAGGUGGGGGACCCCGGGUAGGUGGGGUAACCCGCUUAGGUGGGGUAACCCACUUGUAUAUAUAAUCUCUCUUUAACGUUUACAUGGUAGGUGGGGUGAUCCGCCACUUGUUACCUCACCUAACUGGGGUCCCCUUAGGGAAAGUUGACUGUAGAAAUGUGUCGGCUGUUGAAGGAAAAGGACAAAAAAUGUUUCGGUGGUGGAAGUGGAGAGGAAAACAAUAGAAAUGUGGUGUUGGUGGUUCAGGAAAACAAUAGAAAUUUUGUCGCCGAGAAUCAGUGAACAGGAAUUGGAACAAUUUGCUAAACAAUGAGAUCGGCGGAUAAUAGAACUUGCAUAAUUACAUUACGACUCAGCGAUUUUAAGUCACAGGAGAGUUGGCACUUAUUCCCUAGGUGAGUCUUUUAUUUCUAAUUUAAUAGAAAUACGAAAAAGAGAAGGUAAUGAGAAUUCACAGCCUUUCUAUUUAUGAGAUAAAGACACAAGGCUAUGACAUCAUUGACUUUAUUAUUCUUCAAAAUAUUUCCCCAAUUCUGAUUGGCUAAAAGCACACGCAUAACUCACCAUAACCAGUUACUGAUGACCAAAUUUGGAAGAAUUUUGGGGCUAACGACGAAAUGACGUCAAAAAUGCAGCCCGCUACAGGUUAAGGCACGGUUACCGAGAAGACCUGGGGACGACGUUGAGUUGCUUUGGUUGUGAAAAUAAAAAAUGGCGGACAUUUCAUUCGUUUCAGGAGUAAGAACUACUGCUGGAACUAGGCGAAAUAAUAGCUAAAAACAUCGCAAAAACAGCAAGAAGACAACUUGAAGGGCGACAUCUACUAUUUGGAGAAUAUUUGCGCAACUGGACAAACCUAAACGUACACUAUCGAAGAUGACCUUAACAUCGAUGCAGGUAAGCAUGUUUUAGCUAUGGUUUUAAACUAGGAAUUAUUUUGAAUGAAUAAUAAAGCAAUUAAUGUAUUCCCUCCCAAGUUACUGAGAUUACUUCGCAAAAGAAAAUAUGGGUAACUGGUGCACGCUAUACUACUUUUCUCAUUGUUGCACUUGCUUCGUACUGUUCUCCUCAGCAAAUCCCUCAAAAAUCUCUUCUCUUUGGCAGGACGAAAGAAAUGAGAUGAUGAAACUAAGUAUUUGGGUGAGACAGGUGAGCACUCAGCUGUUGGAUCUGCUUAACAGUUAUGGCUACUGUUUAACUAAGGCUUCUUUUACUGCGUUGCCGUUUUUGUUUUUAAAUUUUCAUUUUCUAUCCUAUUUUAGCCUGGAAAAACAGCCGACAUUUCGCGACGCUACCAACAGUUUCCGCGCGAAAUGACGUCUGAGGAACGAGCGCAGAAAUUCCAUACUGAUGACCUGUCACUACCCUGAUCUGAUUGGUUGAAAAUUUGCUUCAACCAAUCAGAAGCACUAACCACAUCAGGGUAGUGACACGUCAUCGGUAUGGAAUUUCUGCGCUCUUUCCUCAGACAUUAUUUUCAGUGGUAGCGUCACGAAGUGCCGGCUGUUUUCUCAGGUUAUCACUGCUUUAACCUGAGUUUAAUGAAAAAGAUGUAAACUUCUUCGCUCCAGAUGGCCCCUGGCAAUCCACAUAAACUGAACUUGCUGAAAAAGAAAGAGUUAUGUACUAGCGAAAGGUUAAGUCCCAGUACCAAAAGGAGUCCUAGUUUAGAAGACAAAAUUGUGAACGGUUCUUAAAUUACAGAAAGAAAUGAAAAGCGGAGAUAACUGUGCACUACUACGUGCUGUCAAGAAGCAAAAAUUUCGUUUCUUAAUCCCUCCCUAAUUUACCGCGAAGACUUGGUUGAAAUCAGUUAGUAAAAUACAGUUGGUCAGUCCAAUGCCUUAGCUGAAUUAAACAACCUUCUUUAAACUACCUUUACCGCUUUUUACUCUACUUCAGAAAUGGAAGAACCCGUUUCUUCGCUGGAAUGCCACACAUUAUGGAGGGAUAUCAGAGAUCAAUGUUAACCCCGGAGAUGUAUGGAAACCAGAUUUGGCUCUUUACAACAAGUAAGUUGACAUUUUGGGCAAAAAAAGUCCACCAGGGAAGUAAUACUGAAUUGACGCUCUGUCGCUUUAAAAUUUGGCGAACUAUGGGCUGAGAAGGUAUCUGAGAUGACCAAUUUGAGCUAAAAUCAUUAUGGAGCCGCUUUCGUAAAUGGCCUAACAAAAUUGCUUUUUUGCAAUUGCACGAGUAUUCCUUUUUCAAGAAUUCACAGAUGAAUCUGUGCACCAUGUCCUUGUACUUUAUGUAGGAUGAUUAAUAACCUACCAAGGAAAAUUCUUUGAAUUCCCAGUUUACACAAAAAUUUAAAUUCCUAUGGUAUAUUCCCUUGACGUUUCCGUUUGAUUUGCUUUACAGUGCAGAUGCUGGCUCCGAUGGGUCCUUGGAGAGGUUCAAUCAGCAGAUAAAAGUUAAUAGUGAUGGUCAAAAUCUAUGGCUUGCUCCGAUUAUUCUUUUGAGCUCCUGCAAAAUUCACGUCAAAUAUUUCCCCUUUGAUGAGCAGCAUUGUGAGCUGAAGUUUGGAUCUUGGACAUUCGACGGAUUUCAUUUGGAUUUGUUACCAGAGGCACCUAAGGCUGACAUUGGGAAAUUUGCACUAAAUGGCGAAUGGGAACUUAUUGAAGUUCUCUGUAAAAGAAACGUUAUAAAAUACGUCUGUUGCGAUGCACCAUAUCCUGACAUAACUUACACAGUGAGGAUCCGCAGAAGGACUCUUUUCUUUUUCUUUAACAUGGUCAUUCCAUGUCUCGUCAUUGUAGGUAAGAUAUUCUCCAGAACGCGUGGCUUUAAGUGUGAGAAAAGUAUGGAAAAUUAAAAAAAUAAAUACUCAAAAUUCAGUGUGAAAAAUCAUCGCGAAAGCUUAACAAAAGGCAUAUCUUGUAAAAGGUUUUAACCCAGGAGUCACUUUAUAAGUUGAGUUUGAGCAUAAUCGUCCGGUUGAACGUAGUCCUGAAUACUGACUGUUGUUGAGAGUGCCGACUCCCUUUUCGACAACCAGUGCCCAAGUCAUCUUCUGAGUCAUAGUGAGUUGAUCGAAAUACUGUUCAUGUAAACUGUGUAAAGUUCCUCUUUCCACGUCUUUACUCAACCGUUAUAUCAUUUAUCUUUUAAGGUACAACUUCUUUGGUAUCUCCUCAUGUUAUUAAUUGCUCCUAUUAACCUUCUUGUUCAAGGCUCUGGGGAUAAGACGCCUUCGUCCAAGCUUGAAACCGUAAGGUCGCGGGGGGUGAGGGGGUAGUGGAUGAAAAGAGACUUUUCAUUUUAUAAUCACCACUUCCUCUCAGCCCCAGAUUCCGAUAUGUACUCCUUUCUGAGCACUUGCCUGUAUAUAAAUUGUCUUUGCUUUUUAACAAAAUAAGUUCUAGUAAAAGUAAUUUUCUUCAAAUUAAUCAAAUUAAAUUUAACUGUUUUUGUUUUCAGGUCUUACUAUCCUGUCAUUCUACCUUCCACCAGACUCUGGUGAACGUCUGUCAUUAGUUAUUACCAAUCUGCUCGCCAUGACUGUCUUUAUGCUUUUGGUAGCUGAAAUCAUUCCACCCACAUCUGAUGCAGUGUCAAUCAUAUCUACCUUCUAUUCCUGCUGUAUUUUUGAGGUGCGUCAUCAUCAGCAAGGACAUUAGUGGGGUAUAUUGAUGAAACAAGAAGAUGCCUUGUGCUUGUCCCUUACUGGAAUAUAAAAUAAAAAAUAUUUUCAUGAAAAUGUUUUUGGCUGGAUUAGAGUUUUAGUCACCCUGGCAGGAAGCCACUUCGCGGCUCCAAAAUCAGACUGACGCUCAAUAUGUAACAUUGAAUCUUUCACUUGUUUGGUUCAGACUCUCUCCUCAUGUGAUCAGCUAGGUUAAAACAAUGUUGUUACUGGGUCGUUAGUAUCACCCGAUGCUACAAUAUGCUUGUACUGUUCGCAUGGAAUCGAGAGUUUUGAAACAUCGUUAUUACACGGUAGUUAUCAUGCUAAUGCUUCUUUACAAACCUUUUUUUCACAGGUUGGAUUAGCUCUUAUAGGCACGUGUGUAGUUCUCAAGUACCAUUUCAAUAACCCUUCAAUUCAUAAGAUGCCAGACUGGCUACGUUUUAUCGUUCUCCAAUGUUUGGGAAAGAUCUUCCACAAGAAGCUUCGAAAUGAUGACAAUCCGUUGGAAAACAAAAAUCCUUUUGAAAAGAGAAGACGUUUGAGGAGUGAAAAUGGAUAUUUCGAGUCCUUUAUUCCCAUGGAAAGGCAAAAUCCUAAGUGGCCUCUUGAAAACAGAUCUCGAGGUGCUUCAAUGGAUAAGGAACACCUGGGGGCAUUUAAUGGUAAUGAAACAUCUUCUCAGGAGUUUGAUGAUAAGUCGAGUCAAAUAACAAAAGCAAUUACCCACAAACAAGAAACCAUCGCCAACGCCUUGGAAAAACUAGCGGAAGCAAAGGAAGCUGAAGAUGAGGAAGGGAAACAAAGAGAAGAAUGGAUGAUGGCUGCAUCUAUUAUGGACUCACUUUUCAUGUGGAUUUUUUUUCUCACCCUGGUUGGUUCUCUGGCUGCACUGUUUUUUCAGCUUCCAAAGUACGAUUAGCCUGCGCAUUGAUUAAGGAAUAUUGAGCUUAAUUGAGUUCGGCUCUGCUAAGUAGGUACAAGAUGGCUU